AUUCUAGGUGAAUGACGUGAUCAGAGUUUUAACGGGAAAAUGAAGUGUUUAUCGGUGGACCAUGAUCGUGCAAUACGUAAAUAAGAUUCCAACUUAUUCAUUUGUUUGGGGCUCCCAUGACAAUGGGGAGUUAAUUACAUGGCAUAGAAAGUACUUUGUCGAAGAAAGCGCUUCUCAGUCUUAGAGUUUACAAACGUUCGUCCUCCGAUAACCUGCGUCUCCCCGAUCACGGAAAGAAAGGUUUUCACUUCUACGGCUAAUUCCUACUCAUAGUACUGCCAAACGAAAAUUAUGGCACUUACCACAAUGAAGGUAGGAGAAGGGCAAGAAUUGUAUAUGUUAGAAUAUAGGUCUUUAAAUGUGUUUUUGUUUUAAGACGGCUACAAACAUGUCAAGAUGUUGCUUCAUAAGCCGUUAUCAGUUGUACUACUCGCCUUAGUUUAAAAAUGGUUUUCCUUGAAAAUUAUUUUUGGGCUUUGAAUAUCUAAAGGGUUGAUGCCAAACCGCCGUUCGAAUAAGAAGUGGCGGAUUUCGUGUCAAUCAAACCAUGAUAUUAUUUUAUGAAACUUGUUUUAAAUGCAAAUUUGGUGUUUGCAGUCAAAGUGUGUAACAAUUAUACAAAAGUACAACCUGCUGUACUUCAUAGGGCUCGAUUUUCCUUUCUAUCGCUUUUUGUAUUGUUUUGCAGUAUGUUAUAAAAAGAUAUUUUCACAUCGAAGCGGCGCACUUAUUACGUGGAUCGGCAAAGUCUCUUGAAAAAUUUUCUUAAAAGCGGACAUUUUUUGGAGCGGAUGCACUCGACAAAUCAUUCAUGCCGAACGGUUUUUCUGUGGCUGUCACGAGGUCGUUUUAAACACUUCUGUCUCACUGUAGACUGGGUCUACCUGUUUCAUUUUCUUACCUGAAAGCUCUGAGGUCUGUCGUAAGAUAUAAUUUUUAACUGUUCCAUUAUCGUAAGCGAAAUCGAUGAUUUCUGGGACUUAUAUACCGUUAGCAAAUUAUAACGUUCAAAAAAAAAAAAAUACAAAUAAAAAGGAGUUGUCACUGAAUUUAAUAUUGAUUGUUAAAAAUAUAUAUUUUUCCAAAAAGCGAUAAGGAUAGUCACGCACAUUCUUGUUCAAACGGUUUUCCCCAAGUCUCCUGCACUCAAAGUAAUGUCCUGGCGCCAGUUGUUCAAACGUUGGAUAGCGCUAUCCAUCGGAUAAAUCACUAUCCAGUGGAUAAGUAUUAGGGAAACCAAUUGCACUAUCCACUGGAUAGAGAUUUAUCCGCUGGAUAGCGCUAUCCAUCUUUUGAACAACUGGGACCUGAACAAUAGGAGGCGUAUGAGUUUUCUUCAAAGUUUCUGGAAGUUUUUAUUCAACUGUUUUAUAUGCCCGAAACCAAUGACAAACCAGCCGCUGACGCAGGCUUCCUGUUGUCAAAGACCUAUAAUAUUAGACUAGCUGCUAUUAAUAAUCAGACUUGCACGGAACUACUGUAAUAAUAUCGUGAGGCAAAAAAUAUCAUGAUCAGUUGAAUUCUAGCUACAAAUAGAUAAAUUUGGUACACUUGUAUUUACUAAAGAUACUGUGUGUUUAGUGAUGUCUGUCAAUGAAGGCAAUGUAAGUCAGCAGCGGUCCAUAAAAUAAUUUCAGUUCGCUUUACGUAUAAAUUUGUCAAGUCUCAGUAAGUUGAGAUGACUCAACUAGUUUUGGCCUCUUCCUGUCAAAAACCCUCUUUAUCUUUGAAAUAAUUCAUUUUUUGAAAAAGUAUUCUCUGCAUGUGCAUGCUUUAAGCACUCGCUAUCUGCUGGUCAUUCAAGCCAAAGUUUGAUUAAGUGAAAAUGAAAGACUAUUGCGUGGCCUUUUAUCGACUUUUAACUCAGUACCUACGUAAAUGUUAUACGUAAAGUUAUGUGCCAGCCACAGCUGAACAGUACCAAGUGCUUCAAAAUUACAUUUAAAGUUAAGUGUGAGUUGUAGAUUAUUUCGUAGUUAUUGCAGGUGAUAAGGGAGGUAACAUGAGGUAGUACGUGAUACGAUAUCACUGCCAGACUACUAGCCCCUCCUUUCCCUUGCCUAGUAUUAUACUAACUUAAUUUAAUUUCUAUUUUUCCUUACAGCAGCUGUUAUCAACUCUCCUGCUACUCUCACUGUCGAGUGAGCUUUGCGCACUAACGGUUAGUAUUAAAUGUUUUGUCAAGUGAGAUCUUGUGGUGAGCAAUAAGCCCUAAGAAGACCCAGUUGCUGGGCAUUAUUUAUCGACAAAAUGGCCAUUUUUAGAUUUCUCAACCGGCACUUAUUGCAGGGCUUUCUGGUGCAAUCUUCGCUGAAGAGUUUUUCUUUACUUCAGAUGUUUAACCGCCUCAAUUCAGGGAAGCGGAAAGGAGGGAAAGGGGGAGGGUAUUGGGGAGAGAUGGAAAGAGACCCUGUCGCGCCUUUCCUCUCCCCUUCCCUUUUAUGCGCCUGUCACGCAGGCUACAUCCCCUCCCAAUAUUUUCAGUGGUGCAUUCCCUGAUAUAUAAUUCAAGCCAUUUUACAUGUUAUGUACUGAUUAUUUUGGCAACUUUCAAAAACGUCUGGGUGGAACUUCCUUGUCUUUCCAUACUAUGCUCUUCCAUCAAAAGAUCUCCAUAAUCUCAGAUCGACAAUAAUUAUAAUUAUAAUUCUCCUAUGACUAAUAAGUUAUAGGCUAGCCUCUAUCCUAUAUAUUGUCUUUAAAAAACGUUUGAGAGAAAGUCACUUAGUUUUUCUACAUAAUCAUGUUUUCAAGGUGUUGUUGGUUUGUUUGCUUGUUUUUGCCUCGUUUAUAUUUUAUAAAUUCACAGAGCCUGCACGUUAACACAUGACCAGGCAAGAUGAGACCUUUUGUGUUUAUUGUUCCAGCCAAAUGCUGUUACAUUUAAUGUUGUUCUGUUUUCUUUCCCUAGUUCACCGCAGAAGGCUGUGGAGAAACUAAAGGUUGUUAUGCAUCACCAGCCUCCUGCACUACAAGCGAAGACUGUGAUUUUCUGGUGACCUACAAUGCCACAAAUUCAACUCAUGUUGAAUUCGAGCUGAGUGGGAAAGGAGAUUGGAUAGCAGUUGGUUUCAGUGAUGACCGAUUAAUGGUAAGUUGUUUGAUAGGACCGACAGCUUGUCAUACACAUGGCCCGGGGGAGUUACUCAACAAAGCUUUAUAAGGGUAGCCUCCGCCCCAAACUCUAACCCCUUAAUACCCUUUUAUAUAGCACUUUUAUAGAAAAGGUACUCCUUUCUUAUAGUCUCUAUUCACAUACUUAGUUUAAAACUUUGCAUCUCUUUUAACUACUGUGAAUGCACUGUCUAAAACCAGAAUGUUUUCUCGAGUUUUGACAGCCAUUAAAUGCAUCUGUUACGCCCUUUGGGCCUUUUUACAGAACCUACCCUUUCAUAUAUUUCAACUGGAAAAAUCCCUACUCUUUCAUAUACCUGAAGCAUGAAAAAGGUACCCCUCGCGAGGGAAAGCCUCCAGUCCUAAAAUUGAGAUGGUCUUUGAAUCAUUAAUUAUAGGCAAAUACCGAUAUUCUGAUGUGUGUCAAUAAUCAAGCACUACGUGGUCAUUAUUACGCAACAGGACGGACGAUACCACAAAGGACAAAUCCAGUAAGGACUGAUAACUUUAUUGCGCGGUUUAUACUAUUCGUUUAAUUUUUUAACUUAUAAGGGUGACUAAAGUUGAAAGAUGUUUACUGAAACUAAGUAUAUCAGUGAAAAAUGUACAUUCUUAAUUGAAGUAACUUUUUGGCAAUAACGACCUUGUCUAAGGUAAGGUUUGCAUGCCAUGAUAAUUUUGUAGCUCGCUUGUUGAUAUGGCGUAUUUAUUUAUCUAUAUCCGACUUUUAUAGAUCCGAUACGCCGAUUUACAGUUGUAUGAAAGCCUUUUAGUGGAAUUGAGACUGGCUGUUACUUAUUUAUAAUUUGUUUUGGUAGAUACCUCGUUUGUAUUUAAGGGGGCCCCAGUAACUUUUUCGGGAUCUGGGAUUUACCUUAUCGGAAAAAUGAGUGCGAGAUUCGGGAUUGGAAGUAUGCACGGGAUCCGAAAUGCCGAAAAAUCAGGAUUGAGCGAAAAUUUGGGUUCGGAUCCAUAAUGGAAUUGAUGAGCCCUUUUGAUUAAGGACACUCUAUUCAUAUAAGUGCACUUCAGUCUAACCUGCCGUAAGCGACCACCCAAAAUGCAAUAAAGACUUAGCGUUCGUCCACGGGAGGUGGUCGCUUACUAGAAUCGAACCACAGGGGGCCUCUUCUGAAAAGAGGUCCAGACAUAUCUAUUUUAAGGAAGAUAAUUUAUUGCAUGCAAUUUCUAAAUUACACCAUGUGUAGUUCCAUGAUGUCACUAAAGUUCUUCGUAUAUUCUAAGCAGCAUAGUGCACACAGCGAAAGUAGAGAUCAUGCAGAAAAUAGGUCAAGUGGUCACUUACAAGAGGUUAAAAACAACUGGAAAAUCAUUAAACCGUCAGGCCCAAAAAGUGGGCGCGGUCGCUUACAGGAGGUGGUCGUUGACUAGAGGUUCCAACUGUAAGUCUGUGACUGGGAAAGUUUUGGUGGUUUGGAUAAGCGGUCGCUUAUGGGAGGUAGUCGCUUACGAGAGGUGGUCUCACAAGGAGGUUUGACUGUAUUUACAUUUUUAAAAAAGCCAACACCUCGCUUUCGUCCGAGGCAAGAAUACUCAGUACACAAACUUUUGUUUAAUUAACCAAUAUAUAAAUGACUAAUAGCUGACUGAUUUAAUAACUGCCUCAUCGCAAUCGAUUUUUUACUUAUUUCAUUGUCUGUCGUUUGUUUCAGACACCGGCAGCAGUACAAAUUAUCGAACAAGCAGACGAGAAUAACAUUAUCAAAUGCAGGCAUGUAAAGGAACUGUUUUCUGAGCGUAUAAUUUCUGAUGAUUCAUGACGACAAAGUUUUCUAAUUCGGAUUUAUUGUUGAAUUUCGUUGCUUUUAGGAUUUCAAGGGAGGUAAACCCGAUUCCAGCAAUAGCAAAUUUUACAGACCUUAACCAAGAGGUGUUCCUUCUAGCUGCUUAUGGAAACGUAGAUGGUUCGUUCUAUGGUUUCACUGUUGCACUUUUGUUUUGUUUUCUGUUUGUUUACCGUUUGUUUACGUUCUAACAAUUAUUGAAUGACGCUGAGUAUGGUAUGAAGAAUUGUGCAGAUCGAGGAGCGUGCUAUCCAACCGAGGGCGCAGGCGCGCCGUCAGCUUAAUGAUAACAGUCUCCGAGUCUGAGAUCUGCAUCAUUCUUUAUAUCAUACGAAUUCAAUAAUUGUUAUCAAUUUGUUCAAAAUAUUUCAGUUUUAACAACUUUUCCUCCUCUUAACCUAAAAGCAUUUGUCUGUAAAGUUUGAGAAUGUGAACAUGCAGAUAUUUUUAGUCGCAUGUACCCCUCAAAAAGUGAAUAUUCAAUAUUUUUGCGUAGUUUUGCGUUUGUGCCGUUCAGUUUUUUUACUCUGUAACUGGGCUAUUCUGUCUUCGGAUAGCCGUGAAAUCUUUCCCCAUUUUCUUGAAUAACUCGGGCCAAAGCAUCUAGGCUGCUCUCCUCUGCCUGAGAAUGAGGUCGUGAUUGUACAUGAGGGUAAUGGCGUCUUUCAAAUUUGAUCAGCACCGGCCCGCUGGUUAUUUAUGAAGAUUAACUACAACAACAACAAUGUAAUUAUUUACAAAACUACAAAGUUUACAAUGCUUUAGGCUCCGCAAAUAGCUUUUCUAGUAAAUAAAGGCGAUAUUAAAUUACAUAAGGAAAAAGGAAAAGAAAAGAAUUACAAUAACAUACAGAAAGAAACACCAACAUAUAAAUUCAAGUACACGGUUUUUGUUAUCUAAAAAUAGACAAAAGUGGACUAAACUAAGUCAACUGAAACAUUAGCCAGGAGAUUGGAAAAACAGCGUAAUAUUUUGAAUGAAUAACAGUAAGAUUUAUCAUUAAAAACAAUUUCCGUUGUUAUCUCAAUGUUUUGUUGGUGUUAGUGUUGUGUUAAAGUGUCUUUAAUUUGUCAACAUUCGAGUCCUGAUUAUUUAAUUUUCGAAAUCAAAUCUGGUUUCUAAGUAAUUAAAGGAAACGAUUUUUUUAAUCCUUUGUUAAAUAUUGUGAGUCGAAUGUGGAGAGCUUAUAACGCUUACAGGCUUAUGUAGUGUAACGCAUCGGUCAUUUGCAGCUGUGCCCAUCCUUUCCUCUAAGCUGGGCAUAAGCACUUUUACCAUGCUUGGAAAUACAGCUACCAAAUACCCCACGGUUGGCGCGGGGUGGGGAGCGCAGCUCGCGGCAUUGUUCCCUAUCAACACUGCAGCUGUUUCAGGGGUACCCAACGACGGUUUCCUUCCAAACACACUGAAAACACUUUUAGGCUAUCCAGAGUAAUUUUAGAUCUCUAGAAAAGCAUUCUUAGCGCGGCGCUGUAAAUUUUGUAGUCUUCGGUCAUCCUAGGGGAACUUGAAUCUUUUCGAAAUUACAAGGGCUUGAGUAUUUUUCCCCAAAAGUUUAGAUGAAAUUUGACGUAUUAUUAAAGUGAAACAUUUUCUAAUUCCUCUCUCCAUCACAUUUUUGAAUUCGAAAAUAGGAAAUAGGUUUGCUUUUCUCCAUGAAAAAUAGCCUAACUUGGGAAGUAAAAUGGGAAAAUUAAACCUCAGAAAAUCGUAAAGAAUUUAUUAGAUAAGCUUCGAGUAUUGUACAUGAAUGGAACGGUCAUCUAGAAACUUUUAGUCGUCCUCAAGUAAUAGAAAAUUCUAGGCAAUAUUUGCUUCUCCAAACAGAUAUUUUAAAGAAAACAGUGGUUGGAUGCCCCUGCUGUUUCCGCUCGUUACAGGAUAGCUCACUUUGUAGUGUAAUAGGCCAUGAAGAAAUGCAUAAAGUAUAGAAAAGACAUGCCUUUGAAAACCUUGACAAGUUUGUUCAGUCCUUGACAGACAAGUCAAUCGGUGACGAACAGUAACUGUUCGUCUUUUUCGAUCAUUCUUCACAGUCUGAUUUCAAGUCGGAACGUACGUGACCAUACCCUUUUACUUUGCCUUAAAUUUGUUUCUUUCAAAACAGGUUCCAUGCUUCAAUAUCACGGUAACGGAAGGGGAGCCUCUCCUUUGAAAAUCAGGGUUACUCAAGCAAACUCCACUGUCACCAACGGAUCCCAGGUUAAUCCUUCCACGGUGAGUUACAAAUUAUUUUACAAUGUAGAUCACUCAGUUGCCAAAUUCAACAAGCAGGAAGCCAAACUUUCGUACCGUGAGGAUUUUUACUACGUUAAGUGCAUAAAAGGGGCCAUUUCAUUUCAGGAUGACCUUGAUAAAAGGCUUUAUAAGGUAGGUGCAUAAACAGAAAGUGACAAACUUGGGAUCACGAAAAUGACAUUUACCCAAUAGUGACUAAUACGGGGUCUACAAAUGGCCACAGAAUUGACUAUAAUGGGUUAGGGGUUGUGAGAGACAAGCGGCACAUACCCAGAAAAAACUUACUCAAAUAACCCCCUGGCAUAAACGAGGACUACCAUUCCCUUAACUCGUACCAUAAACAUAACAUAAUAACACAUGUCUCUUGUAUGUAAUCUUUCAUUUUCAGGAGGCCCCUACUAUGCAACAAGGAAGUUUUAGGUUUCCAGAUAAUUGCCAGGAUGCAAAUUGUGAUUUUCUUGUGACAUACCAAGCCUCUGGUGAGGACAGCGUAGUUUUUGAACUAAGAGGCAGAGGAGAAUGGGCAGGAGUGGGAUUUAGCGGAGAUAACCAAAUGGUGAUUAACGUAGAUCUGGUAGAUCUGAACAAUAGGCAACUUUCGAUAUAUUAAAAUUCAGCAUGAUAGCGAGUCUUAGAGGACACAAACAAAGAAAAUGAAUGAGCCAUGAUUAUUCGUGUUUAUUAAUUUUCUUUGUUUGUGUCCUCUAAGACUCGCUAUCAUGCUGAAUUUUAAUAUAUUGAAAGUACGGCUUAUUGCAUAAACAUUUACACUGAAACACAUGUUGAAAUUGGCCUUCAUUGAGUGUUUUUUUCAAACAUGUUUCAUCUGGGUUACAUUUCUUCUUUUUACAGCCUGAUACAGACAUACUUAUUUGCUCCAGCGAUACUUCACUGAGUGGCCAUUAUUACGCAUCCAGUAGAACAGCACCAACUAUUACAGAUCCUGUGAGUUUCUUUGAUUUAAUUUUUUGCUGUUUUAGAGCAGAAAAUUUUAGAAAUUUAACAUUGGCCUUUAGACUGUUUUGAUAGAAUGAGGAGGUAAUAACGGUAUGAGGCUAAGUAAUGCAAUGACUCAUUUCAAUUUUUGCAGCCCUCUUCACCCUAGCCUGCGAAGCCGCCUUCAUGUCUGCUUGUCGCUGGGGCAUUUUAGAGUUUCUCUCGCGACAGGCGACCUUAUCUGUAGAGCAGCAGCGCCAAGUGUUUCUCUCAUAUGAAUGAAGCGCUAAAUUAUUUUAAAGAACACAAUCGACUUUCUCUUAACGGACACUUCUAUAAGACGGACACCUCUCUAAGACAGACACCUGGUGUUGGUAGCUGCCGUUUUUCAGUCAUUUUACUGUAACUAUACUCUCUAUCAGACGGACAUCUCUCUAAGACAGACACCUGGUGUUAGUAGGAGUCAUUUUACUGUAACUAUACUCUCUAUAAGACGGACGCUUCUCUAAGCCAGACUCCUGGUGUUGGUCCCUGCCGUUUUUCAGUCAUUUUACUGUAACUACACUCUCUAUAAGACGGACCUCUGUAAGACAGACACCUGGUGUUGGUCCCUGCCGUUUUCCAGUCAUUUCACUUAUUAACUAUACUUGCUAUAGGUCAGCCAUCUCUCCAAGACAUGCCACACAGACAACGAACCCUUUUGAAACAGUCAAUGGAAAUUUGAGAAAUGCUUUAUGUAGUGAAAAAUACCUAAAAACGAAAAUGUAGGGGAAGCAAAUUACAUAACCAAUGCAGAAUGUGUCCUAGCUACAGCUCGUAUCGACUUUGAAACCAUUAACGAGUAUUUCUAAACAACACGUGAGGAUAAAUAAAAAAAGCCUGUAAAACAGUUAUCUUUUCGCUCUUUUAGUUGAACUCUUUUACCCUUAAGAACUUCAAAAUUGUCUCAUCAAAAACAAACCAUUAUAACGGAUUACGUUUCGCUCGCUUAUGUACCUACUGGACUGUAUUACAAUUUUUUUUUAUUUUGUAGUCUUGUUCCAGUUCGCAGAAUGUAUAAAGUUACGCUUUUAAGCCACUAAGCCGCGAACAUUGGCUUUUAAUGAACAUUUGAUUUCACGUAAAGCAAUGAUUCCACUUUUCUAUUACACUGUUUAAUCUUUUACUGUCUUGCAAAAGUAAAACUGAUGUGUAUUAAUAACGGAUAGGUUCAUCUUUAUUUUCUCUAUUAGCUGGAAACCUCUCUAAAAUGGUCGGGGCCGGUCCCGAGGGUUUCCCUCUUAAAGAGAGUUGACUGCAUUCAUAAUGAUCACGCCCUUGCUGACUGAAGUUUAUUUUGCACUAGACGAGUGACAGAGAGAGUCCAAUCGUAGUGUCCGUUAUUGUCGAUAUUGUUGUCUUACGUUGCCAACUGAUGAAUAAAUGACACUUCGUAAAAAUGUUGUUACAUGACAGAAUGAAUACAACUUAUUAAAGAGAGCUCAUUAAUUUAUAUAUAUUUUCUUUUUCAGACUCCAUCUGCGGUGGUCAUUUCUCACCAGCCAUUUAAUAACGGGGUUGUGUCCUGCAGGUACGUAACGAAAUACCUCAUUAUCUUUUAUCGUCAUCUUUACCGCCACCGCCAGCACCUUCACUUCCAUCAUUAUUAUUUAUCAUUUAACCUUUUCAAACACAAAUGUAAUCUGAUAUAGAAUAUCUAAUUAUACAGGGAUUUAGUUUUUAGUGCAGCUUAAAAUUUUUAAGUAGGAUUUUUGGUACCGUAAUUUUAAUGUAAUUCGUCAGGUAUUCUUCUUACUAUCUUUUAGUUCAUUAGUUUUCUUUCUUACGAAUUCUGUAAAGCGCUGUUUAGCUUUUGGAAAUAGUGCUAUAUAGAUAACGUUUCCUAUUAUUAUACAUCAUCAUCAUCAUCAUCAUUGACUGUUUAACUGUUCGAAGUGUUUUUCAGAGAGAAUAAAUAAGAUUCUAACAUUUUGUUAUUGACACAAUUUAGUUUGAAAUUAUUCAAAGAUUGCUUCUGAUCCUAUGAGGAUACUGAAAUAAGCAGGUAACUGUGAGGAAAUAUAUAAAUUAAAUUAUUUUUUAAUUUUGUUUUUUAGGAUAACAAGGGAGUUAAACCCGGGAAUAGCAAAUUUUAGGAAUCUAGAAGAGCCGCAGUUUCUCUUGGGAGCAAUCGGAUCUUUAAGUGGUAAGAAUGCACCCAAGAAAUUUACGAUCAGGACUCAGUUGUUCGAAAGCUGAAUAGUGUUAUCCACCGACUAUCAUACUAUCCAGCGGAUAACUGAUCAGGAAAACAAAUUUUUUACCCUAGCCAGCCGAUCAAGAUUUAUCCAAAGGAUAUCGUUAUAUAGACGUCAGCCUUUAAAACUUGUCUUGCAGUUUUUUGCUGCUGCAAAAGGCACCAAAAUUUCUAGUAGUCACAGCAUUAUUCUACAGCAGUUUUAUCAGAGAAAUUUUACUUAAGGCGUGCUUAAUUCACUGAGUAACUUCUCUUGGAACUUGCCUCGCAUGUUGCAAUGAAAUUUCGAUCAAUCAUAGGAAAAAGGAAUAAUUAUCGGAAAACGUCUUAUAAAUUAUAAUUGUUGCCGUAUGGAUAAAAACAAGUAGGAUAAUCUCAUUAUAUAGCUUGUGAGCUUGGGCUACUGGUGGUUUCGCUCAUAUUUACGAGCAACUCUUUAAAGGCAAGUUUCAAGCUAUUUGUUCUGGCCAAUGUAAAAAAUGUUUGGGCCGAUACUGACAAUUUCGCUGUUUCAGACAUUCGGUGCUAAACCCAAUGGUGACUGUCUUAUACACUACUCCAUCUUGCUUUAGUGGAUCAACAGCGUCCUUAGGUCGCAAUAAGUGUGACCUCAAUGUUGUAUCGUCAUGCCGUUGUAGGCAACGACGAAGUGGUUCAGAUAACCCUUUGGUGUUUGGUAGAGCCGUUGUAGGUUCAAUUUCGGUUGUGGUUUUUUUAUUAGAUGCCUGCUGAUUCUUGGAUUCGUGAUUUUAGCUACAAACGAAUGGGCUUAUCCUUUAGAGGCAAGGACAGAAGAUAAAUGUUUCUUUUUUCUCGGGUUCGCAGACGUUAUUUUUCGGAGGGAGAGAAGCGACGACCGGAACUCACGUCUGUUGUUCACAGGCUACAGACGUUCCUCCUCAAGAAACGUCGGCCAAGGGGCGAGGAGCGAGUAGAAACAGCUGUUUUCGCAGACUACCAUGAGACAGGCUUAAGCUUAACACAUUUUAUUUUUGACUCCACCAGCAACUACUCCAGGCGCAGUCUUCAUCACGUUCCAUUUCUUGUUUCUUUCGUUUCCUGGUUUGUUUUAAUAGAUCUUGACAUGUCCAUUCAAUCUUGCGCCUUCGGCUGCAUCUUGCAUUUCUUUCCUUGGUUUCUUGCUGACACUGGAAUCCAAUUCAGUUCGGUGUACAUGUAUACACGGGCACUGAAGUCCUCCAGAUCACUGCCAUGGUCGUACUUGGUAUGCUCACCAUGCUUGUGAAGUUACUACAGCGACAGAGAGUUAUUUUCUGCCACCUUCGCAGCAAUUUUUUUCUUUAUUAUGAACUGCCCUUAAGCUAAAAAGUCAAAACAAAGAGCAAUUUGUCCCUGUUUGUGUUUUGUUCUGUACAUUACCACAAAUGAUCCCGGGACCGCAAAUGAUCUCCAAAAUGGACCGCAAGUGAUCCCCAAAGUCGAUCGCAAAUGAUCCCGUAGGAAAUUAAGGAAUGGAAUAGAUUUUAUGGGACUGAUUUCAAAAACGAACUGAUUAUAAAAAAGGAACCUUUUCCUCUUGACUUCUAAAGAAAAAGGGAAGAAGGACGCCACAUCUCAGGUCAAUUUAUACAAGGCGAAAAAAAAUGGAAUAAAUGUGAAAAGGAUAUUAUAUCAACCGUAUACUUCUUUCUUUGUCAUGAUCAAUUGCUUCAAAUUUCUUCAAGAAUGUUUUGUCGCUCUAAAAAUUUAAGACAGGCAGGACGUUACGCAGAAACAGCUCUAUUAUUUUAACGCCUAGAAGCUCAACUUGACUACUGAGGAACAGAAAGUCGGGCACCCUCUACAUAACAAGAGGUUUAUUUACUUUACUGAUCUUUUUGGAACAAGAGAGGAGAGGCAGGCAAGCAAGAAAUUUUAUAACAAAUGUUCCCAAAAUUCUAGAUCUCAAAUCGUCUUCCGAACAAAUAUUUUCCGAAAAUUGACGUUGGGUUAGUUAAGUUUAAAACAUUGUAAUUAGUAAUUAGCUAGCAUUGUAAUCAGUAUUAAGUUGUACUGCUUAGUUAUGGAUGCACCAGGGCGUAAGAAGCUAGGGUGUUGAAACGAGCGGGGUCGAACGAUCUAGCUGUGAUGCAAGGGUCUGGGUACUACCAAAGAGACAAAACAAGAUGGCGGAUAUGAUACCGUCAGAGAAAUUAUCCAGCGGACGUUAGCCAUUAUCCCGUGGCAUUCAUUUGCUGACCUGUAUUAAAAUUUCGUGACUUGGUAAGAAAAUGGCAUCACAACUCAGAUGAUAGCACUGACAUCACUUUUAGACUAAUAUCGGUAAUAUUAUCGGUUCUUUACUUCAGUUUAAUAUCAGGAUGUGUAAUUCAUCAUCUGCUAUGGCAAAUAUUUUUAGCUGCCCAGUUUUAAGGCCAGAUGAUCUGUUUUCACUAUUAAUAAUAAUAAUAAUAAUAAUAAUAAUAAUAAUAACUUUAUUCAUAGAUUUAAAAAAAUAGACUAUUUACAGAUUCAAGAAUAUGAAAUAUUAAAAUAUACACCCUAUGUACAUUCUUCUUGUGUACGAAAGAGAAUUGUCGUAAAAUGGCUAUCUAAAGACUACUAAUAACAAUUAUAAAAAGCAUCAAAAAGUUAAUAAAAUAAAAAUAAAAAAUAAAAAUUUUUGUACAUCAGUAUUCUUCUCUAAACAGCUUAUUGAGCUAUCUCCAAUAUUGAGCAUUACAGUUGGACAGAUUGUGAAAACUGAAGUCCGGGUACAUUUAACCCUAUUCAGACUGGGGGCUUUUCGAACCCCCCCUCCGGCAAAAUCGUGAUAACUCCUACACCGAAAGAGCUAUGACGUUCAAAUUUUCUGACUUUUCCUAAAAUUUAUCUAGAAACAUUUUGGUAUAAUUACCAUGUCCAUGUGAUUAAUCAUGUUGCCAUAGCAACCAGUUUCUGACACAUAGGUUUUGGAAAAUUUAAAAAAUGGUGAUUUUUUUUGUUUUAAGAUCGCGUUUUUACACUUAUAGUGCUUUUUGUUGUUAAAAUGGUCUUUGCUUGGGACUAGUUUUUGAAUUACAUCAAAAUGUUUCAACAUCGAAUAUUUGGGGGGGAGGGGUGGGGUAAAAUUUGUCACUUUUUUGCUUUGACAAAUAUGCUGCUCUAUUUUCCAAAUAACACUUCCAAAGUCAUUUGUUUGGGUAAUAAGCAUUAGUUUGAUACUUCUUUUAUACAUUCUGAGCUUUUUCCCCUUUGAAAGUUGCUUUAAAUUAUAAUUUUAACAAAAAAACAGAAAUCCAAGAUGGCGGAUCCAAGAUGGCGGACAACCAUUUCAAAUUUUAAAUUUUAUUGCUUCCUAUUGCUUUUUCUCGAUGUACAAGUGUUUCCUUGUUACUAGUUCAUAAGAAAGGAUAACAAAGAGAUGACUUUACCAAUAUUAUUGAUAUUUUACGUAUCUAAGUGGAAAAAUAAUAAGAAACAUUGAAAAAUCGGAAUAUGACGUCACUGUGACGUCAUCAUUGGGCGUGGUAAGUCAAUACUGGGUGUGGGGCUUCUUUGUACGGAGAUGAUCAUUGUGUGUAAAUUUCAUGACCCUAGCAUUAUUGGUUCCAGAGAUACAAAGAGGGGGUCCGAGGAGCCCCCCCCCCCAGUCACAGAUUGACCAAAAAAGCCCAGUCUGAAUAGGGUUAAAAUAUAAUAAAAUGAUCAUUAUUUUUUUAUCUUGUACACUAAUACUACUGUGCAAUGAAGAAUAAGUAUGUGAAAAAAAUAUAAUUCACUGCCCUUGAAAAAGUAACACAGAGGUUGCAAGAACACAAAUAAGUAGCCCAGCAAAUAUUUUUGUUUGAUAAUAACAGCUUUUUGUAAAGAAAUGGUCACUGAAAACUGCCCUUGCAAGACAUAACUAAGGAACUUAAAAGAAGCUAAACAUUCACUAGUCUUACAUUGAAACCAGACAUUGCUAUAUAUAUAUCUUACAGAUACAAGAUAAAACAUUUAUAUAACAUACAAAUUCAAAAGUAUAUUGCAAUUGCAAACAUGAAAAUUAUACAGAAUUAUACACAAAUGAAAUACAAAUGGCCUGUAACGGAUAUUAUAAUUAAACCAUUGAAAAACAAACUUUCUAGUGUGACCAGCAACCCUAGCACACUUGUAUACUUCAUGUCCAGUAUGAUUCAAUUUCAUUCUUGGUUAAAUUUAUUAUCUGCAGCCAGGCUUAAUCAAACUUGAUUCAAAAAAUACUUUCCUGUUUCCUUGUAACUACAAUAUAUAAUAUUAAGAGAGAGUAUAUGAUACUAGAAAUAUUAUACAGUAGUACAAUCAAAAGACAAGGCACCUCCAGGAAAUCGAGUUGGUCCCUACUAUUCUUCAGUCAUUUUUUUUACUCUCUAUAAGAGUCACACCUGUCCAUUAAUACAGACAUUUUGUGCCAGUCCCAAUAGUUUCCAUCUGAGAGCUGACUGUAGUUUGUGCAACACCACACUUAAGCCUCUGACGACAAAAAUACAAUUUUACACAGCAGUCAGCAGUCUUAAUUUAUUCUACUUGCAAUCAAAUUAAGACCUCUUCAUGUUCUUCUUCAUAUUCACGGUAUUAUGGACUCGUUUAUCUUUCAGUGUGUGUUCUAGUAGUCUUUUCAGGCCGGGCACUCACUGUUGUCCUGCAAAAAAUCAUUAUAAUAACAAAUAAACACAUUCUAUGAUUUAAUUUUGCAGUGGAAUCUUUGUGGGGAUUUAAAAACAAAUUUCUCCAUAGGCUUUUGUGCAAUACAACCCUUAGAUUUAUACCGCAGCGAAGCAGAAUUUGUUGUUGUUUAUGUAAAGACUGUCAUACGAGAUCAUUCGAAUACAAUUUUCUAGUAGUCAGAACCUUCUUGGAUCGCGGUUCUGUAACUAAAAAAAAAAUAUUUACCAUCUUAAUGUAUAUUAAAAAAAGAAAAAUAGCUAAAUUGGGCAACUGAAAUCUUUUAUUUUACUAACAAGCUAAACGCCAACGUACAAAACAAAAACCUUGCUAUCGCCAUUAUGAAGUCGUCACUUCAGAAGUAAAAAAGCCUUAAAGGUUCAUAAAAGUUCACUCUAAAAAUUUGUAUACACAAACAAAAUUUAUAAAACCAUUACAUAUUGUCUUUUUGUAGCCGUUUAUUAUCAUUUGGUUUUGACUGGCAGUACAAAACGUGACCCUCAACCUGUAAAAUUCGAUAGGCCACUUUGACACUACAUAUACACAAAAGGCGAAAAAACACCUUAACUUAUAAGACUAACUAUAAAACAUCACCUAAAUAUCUUUCUGUAUAUCGCAUAGAAAUACGCCAAAUAUCAAAUCUAAUUAUAGAUUGCAGCGAUCUAAAGAUAUAAAGCAAUAAAUCCGAACCUACCUCCAGCUAGACGGCGCCAUUUUUCUUGCCCUAACAGCGGAUUGAAAGCGGAAAGGCGAACUAGUUCCAGUCCUACUCCGCGUCACAGCUGAACCAGAGAGCAAGUAUGAGCGUUUCAACGCCCUACCUUCUUACGCCCUGAAGCAGACGGAUGCUUGCAGUGGUUUCUCUCCCUUCGUAGCGUAGCGCCCGGCCUGGAGAAACCACAGCGUGCAGGGUACAUAUAACCCAGCACUUCCACGCAUUUCUAAUAUCUUAAGCAAACACUUUAACCUCUUACACUCCUUUAACCGUUGCAAAGACGUCUUCGUCCACGGUUUUUUCAGUUAUUUUAAUUCCGGUAUCACUGAACGAAUAUUUUCUGCAUCUUUUUCCUCCACUAGCUACUGUUUCUCUUCUGGGAUAACUUUGAAAAUCAUUGCGUUUUAGCUUGAGGCUUCACUUUUGUGUUGUUGUGUUCUAGUUCACGAAAAAAAAUAACUGGCACUGUUUUUCCCGCCUUUUGUCACGCCACUUCCCACCAUGCUUUGAUCACGUGCUGUAAUGUAUCCCGAGCGGGGUAGCUCAAAUGUAUCACGAUCUAGUCUACUACACAGCCAUUUUUAGUGCUGUCACGCAGAGUUCCUCCUGUCCUGUCUUGUCGGGUGGAGCAUUGCGUGACAACACUAACAACGGCUGUGUAGCAGACUAAUCACGAUCGGGAUACAUUGAUUUUAGUCAAGGCCAUGUGACCAAGAAUCAACCAAUGGGCCAGUCCUUGUUUAGUUGAGUCUAGGAAUAUAACAAAAGCCAUUGUUUAUGUUAUUCCGUGUAAUGCACUUGAGUGGAAGCGACUGUAAUUUGCAUGCCAAAAAAAAUUGUCUGUUCAAUCAUGUUUACAGGUUCCACAAUCGGAAUUCAUGCACAAAGACGAGCUACAAGUUCUAAGGUAGAUGUAAGGUCAGGUGAAGAUGGUACUGGAAGUGGCAUAACGUCACAGAUCCUCGCUCACGGUAUGAUAGCCAUUAAUUCUGCAGGCUCGAUUACGCAAACCGCUGUUCGGAAAAUAAGCCCGCCCCCCCGUCCCCCCCCCCGAGAAGUUCACUGUUCUCUAGGGUGAUGAUUUCUUCUCCUAACAAAUCGCGAAUUGCCAAGUAUUUAUAAUUACGAGCUUCUAAGCUGAAUGUGGCUCAUAAAAUAAUCUUAUGGACAGACUCAAUAAUGCAUUUUUUUGAACCUAUUUUUUUUGUAAGUCACUCAACGUAAUCAAAGAAGGUAACAAUACGCUUUGUGGUUCCCAGUGGCCUUGGUAUACUUUGUGGUAGUUUUGAUGCACGAUGUGCUAGUUCAUGCCAUAGUACUUGAACGUUCCAAAUCUAAUUGGAAACAAGACUAGAUCCGAGGGGGCGACAGAAAAUCAAGCUAUUUAUGUUGCCAAAUAAAUUCCUAAGUUAUUGGUACUUAAUUUAGCGUGUAAAUAAUUUCGCGAUUUUGGUGAGGGAGUAUUUCGGGGGAUUUAAUUUUCAACGCACAAUAUGACAAAAGGGCAUUAAAUUUCACGAUUUUUAAAGUCAUUGUCAGCUUCAUUUCAUUGACUUAAAAAAAAGUCUGAAAGGUUUCAAAUUUCUAGUCAAACUGGAAAAGCAAUGUGUGAAAACUUUGCAAAUGAAUGUUAUUUCACUUACUGAAGAUACAAAACGGAGCUUACCAGUAAAACCAGUUGUAGCAAGUUAUAUUGUUGAUCAAUAUUCUGUAUAUUUUUACUAAUUUAAGUUUUUUCUGUGAUUUGAAUUUUCUAUACGAGUAUUAUUUAAUUUCGCGGGUUCUUUAUUUUCGCGAUUUUUCUGCAAUCGCGAAAAACGCGAAAUUAAGUACCAUUUAGUUAUUUGCAUAUAUAUUGCAAUCCAUGUUUCAAAAGACAAAAACUGAAAAAGAUUCAGAGAUGGUUGUAAUCAUGAGGCUAAGUACGGUAUAAAGAAUUACCAUGCACAUAGCUAUAGAGAUGGUCCGCUAAGAUCUGCAUUAUUAUUUGAAGUUUAAGGUGCGUAAAAACGGGCAACAAAAAACGUGAAACAGGUUUGAUGGGGGUGGUAAAACGCGCAACAUCGCUAUUCAACUUGUUCUGCAGCAGUUUUGCAAGACAAGUUGCACGUUUUUUGUUGCCCGUUUUUACGCACCUUAAAGGUGGACAAAUAUAACACAAAUCGCUGUAUUGUCAGCCCAAGCAUCGUGUUGGUGUCGCGGAAAAGGUCUUUUCCAAAAUUUAUUCAAGCUAAUCAUGUCCUUACCUCUACGUAAAAUUACUUUAAGAUAUUUAAUUAAGUCCCUCUAACGUUGGCAUACGAAAUGAAAUUUUGAAAUUUUAUGGAAUAAUUCACCUCUUGAGUUUUCUUUUUUCUUGUCAUUUUGCCUUUUGUUGUCAAUUAUGGUCAAAUUAUCUCAUAUAUCCAGGUAUUAUGAUGACGCUUGCGUGGGUUUUGUUUGCAUUUGUUGGCUUAUUCACGGCACGAUACAUGCGCGAAGUCUGGGAACCAAGAAAAUUGCUGGGAGAAAAAGCUUGGUUUACGGUUAGUAGGGUGAAAAGGAACAAAAUUUAAACUAAGUAAAAAGUAUUAUUAUAGGAAUUUAUUACUGAAUUCUUUUCUGAUAAUUAAAGUUUAUAAUGUAUGGAUCUCAAAUUCACGAGCCUUAGUUCUUUUCGGGGGAAAUCUAUUUUUGUUACCCAAUGAAUAAUAUGCUAAUAUAUAGUCUGAAGAAGGGUAAGAUAAAGAAGAGAUUAAGGUAAAAGCCGUGUACAUUGCAAAGUGGUAAAAUGCGCUCCUUAAUGAUCGAUCUUUUCUGAGAAGGCGAUUUAUCCUACCCCGUUCAGUUUGAGUCAGAGUCACGAGAGCGUCAGUUUCAAUUUGUGUUAGUCCGGACAUAUAUACGAUCGUAGUAUACAGUGUUUCCGGCUUAAACAUCUUGGGCUGAAAAUUUGCAGUUCAAUCUGAUUCUGUUACUAUCUAAAACAACAGCCGCGAGCAACUGGUUUUCUUUCUUCAUUUCACAGGUGCACCGUUCGCUAAUGACCAUUACACUGCUACUAACGAUCUCUGCAACAAUAUUGAUCUUCGUUCAUAUUGGAGGAUGGUCUUCGGUAAGUUUGUUUUUCCGUCUUCAAAUUCAUGAAACCGUCAUAAGUUACGAUAUCUUCUUUUAAUUUUUUGCUGAAUAGUUUUUUUUCAGGAAUAGUUUUCUUGUUCUCCUUCUGUAAAGGGAAAUUCCAAGAGGUAUCCUCUCGAUAGUCAAUAGUCAAUUUUGUUCAAUCCAAUCAUUCUUUUCCCCUUAUUCAAGACAUGCAACGAACAGGUGGAAGAGAUAUUCCUGGAUAUUCGUUGUGUUCCUCUUCGAGAGUCGGAAGAACUGAAUACAUGCUGAAAUUUCCCUACAAAAUUAAGGAGUAAUUCGUCACCCAUGAUAUUAGUAUAGGAAAUUAUAACUAAACUGAGAUGAUUGAUUAGGUUUCUUCAAUAAACGCAUCAUCUUAGCGAGCGAUAAAAUACUUUGACCUUUUUUCCUCCCUUUUGCUUGUUUUAGCGAAGCUUCACGCGAGCGCGAAGCACGCGCGAGCAGAGCCCCAUCUGGUAAUCUAGUGACGGUCGGCCCGUCCAUCCGCACCACAGGGAAACCAAUGUGAGAUGUCAAAUUUUCUAGCUAGUGUGAGCGCCUGUAACCUGUGUUUAAUCUGAUAAUAGACAUCCAUAUUACGGUCAAUUGACGGGUGUGAAAAAGGUAUCCGCUGACCAGUGUCACAUGACCGUAUCGGGAGCUCAGGUGCCGGCUCAUCGAGGUCGCGUGUUUUUUGAAGUUUCUGCUGACCAGUUGUUAGCUUUUAAUUGAUCGCAGGCUCAAGUUUAUGUUUUUCAGUCAUAUGGGUUUCCCGUAAAGUUUAGGAUAGAUUUGUGGUCUUUUCAAUAGUUUAAAGUCCAGUGUUUGCAGUAAAUCAAAAAUGUAUUAACGGGAGCUUCGCUUGUAGCUUUGCUUAAAUCUAUAUGUUAUAUUAUACAGGGUGCUGGACCGCAUCCAUAUCUCGGAAUCGUUGCCAUCGCGUUUGCCAUUGUUCAGCCAAUUAUGGCAGCAUUCAGACCUCAUCCUGGAGCACCCAGGUAAAUAGAUUUCUUUCAUACUGGCCGCCUAUUAAUGUAUUCUUUUAUUAGUAUAAUAUUAAGCCUUUCUGACCUCGUUAGCAUGUGCAAAAUACAAAAGAAAUACUUUCAAACGAGGUUAGAAAGGCUGAUUAUCAUACAUAUAAAAGAAUAUAUUAAUAAGCCGCCAUUAUGAAAGAGAUUUAUAUUGGGCCUUUAUUUGCUCAGUAUUUCCUAGUGUCUUCGGACCAAGGAGAAGUGUCAGUGCUUCCGAUCAAAAACUGAUUUGUCUCCCAGUUCUUUUGCUAUAGAAGAAAUUGUAGAUGACGUUUAUUCUUUUUCCUUUAGCUUUUUCAAUUUGAGCUUCAUGACUUUAUGAAACGUUUUGUAACUUCACCUUUUCUUUUCACUCUUUGAAUUGUACAACCCACUAUAUAUAUAUAUUCUCCAACAGUAUACACUGGGUGAGCGCUGACUAUCCCAAAUAUCUUUUAAACUGUUUGUCAGAAGUUCACAGGUGUCUUUCUCUUUGAACGUACCUUGCGCGUCCAGUUAUCGUUUCCUUUACAACUCCAUCGGUUGGACUAUGUAAUGAAAAUUAGCUGUUGUAAAAUGUAUUUUCAGGCGUAACAUUUUUAACUGGUCUCACCGAAUUGUUGGCACUAUAGCACUAGUGAUGGCAGGUACGUCUUUUACAAACAGUAUAUAAUUUCCCCUUGGUUCUUUUGAUGUUGGAAUUAUCGAUAUUUAUCACAUAAAAUUUACUUGUGAGACCGGAGUUUGAUCGUAUCUUCUUUGACUAUAAAAUACCUUAAGCAAUAAACCACAAAACGUCGUGCGAAUAUUUUCCACUGAAAUCGUCUUUCAUUGCAAUUUAUGGAUCAUCUUUUUAUUUACGAUAUGUGACACUUGAAGUUGACCCAAUUUUCCAAACACAUGUUUACCUUACUGGAUACAAAAAUAAAUUUCUUGUUGUUCGAGUUUCAAUCACUUAGUUAAUUUCACUAAUUGCAUUGUAAAUUGGUUUUGUUUAAUUUUGACUCAUUUUUGUACAUUUUCUUGAUCUGCUGCGUGAAGGAUAUCAGAACGUCUCGAUAACGUCACUUGAUCAAUUUCUUCCUUUCAUAAUGAACUGAUGAUUUUUCCAACCAUUUUAGAUUUUUUUUGGAUUGAAUCAAAUGUCGGCUGGGUGGAAAGCGGGGGACUCAAAGUGGCUGAUAAAGCGGGCUGUCAUCUUGGAUCAAAGUCCGAAUUUUGACAAGCUAAUUGCCUUUGGAAUUAUCAUGAUAGAGGGCGAAAAUGAAAAAUUUUCAUCUGGCGGAUAAAAUUUCGAAAAAUCAUGGAAAAAUCACGGAAAAUUUACCGUAUUUGCUCAAGUUGUUUUACUUUGUAUUUGAGGGCAAUUUUCCAAGUACAAGUCCCCGGGGGCUUAUAUUUGGAGGGGCGAUUUAACGGAGGGUUUUUUGCGUUACCGGUUUGGGGGGCUUAUAUUUGGAGGGGCUUAUACAUGGAGGGGCUUAUUUUCGGAAUUUUACGGUAUCAACCUUCUUUUCCGAGCUAACAAUACUGGGUAAAGUAAGCUUUAAUUUCUCAUUAUUACUUUAUUCCACAGUUGUAUCAAUCUACUAUGGACUUUGCACUCAAAAGGUCCAGUUGGGAAAACAAGGGCUCUGGGCGGUAAUAGCUUUCUACAUUGGAGAGUUCCUAAUAUUCCUGUUUGAGUUGUAUCUGAUCCUUUCAAAGCGUAACAAAGAAAAGAAUAGUGUCUCAAUGGGCAAUACCAGAGGUAAAAGAAGAAAUUUCCUUUAAGAUUAAUUGAUAACAAUAAUAAAGGAAAUAAUAAUUAUAAUAAUUGUGGCGUUAGUUUUGUUUAGUGUAAAAAAUCAAUCGAUGUAUAAACGUAUUAUUGCAUAAUAUAUAGAAAGACCAAGCCAUAGAUAUCGUUCUAAGUACACUCUAAAACAGCUUUGGUUUCAUCGCUACUGUUUGAUCAUACAUGUACGUCAGCGAUAAAAUACAGAAAUCGGAAAUUUAUUUCCAUGGAAUAGUGGUAUAAGCAAGGACUAAAUUGAAACCUUUUUUGGAGGAAAGGGCUGGAAGGGGUGCGUGGGUGGGUUGGAACAGAAUAAAAUCAACAUCGAAUGGGGAAUAAGAUCAUGAAUAAGACUCGAGCCAAUUUGUGUGUCACUGGGAAACUCUUCACCUUUACAUGUUACUAAGUUAUAUAAUAUGGACGCGUUUUGUUUCUUGCCGCACUGUUGGUGUUAGCAAGCGAAUGAAAAAUAGAUUUUGAUGUCGGAGAAGGUAAAUUAUCUCCGCCAUCUCGCCCUGAUGAAUACAAUUAUUAGAGCACAGGAGGAGGAACUGAAAACAAUAAGAUUCUUGGGCAAAAACGGAGAAAAUUCAGUACCUGGUGUACUAGUUACAGUGGCUGUUAUGCAUGCAGGAAAUCGAAAUAAAAUGAUAACGUGAGGUUACAUUUAUUAGUGCGCAGUAAGACCGGGCAUUACACCCGCUGUAGGAUCAAACUAAUCCUAGCUUUUAGUAACUACUCAUAACACUUUCAUUCGUUUUAAGAUUCAGAAGUGACCAAGUUGCGGUAUUUUUUUUUAUCAUUCUUUGUGAACCACAUACUACUUUCUCUUCGUUUACCCCUAAAACAUUUGUUUUCUACAAUUACAAAAUCUGCAAUUUCUACAACUGGCCACUCCUUGAUUUUGUUGCAUAAUAUAUAUAAAUGAAUAUGGUCUUAUUUGCAGACAUUCCAAUGGAGGCGCCGGGACAUCAGACUCAGCCGCAGACUGAAAUGUCAAUGAAGGUAGGUUGAACAGUUACACAUUAUUCCAAAUUCAUCUUGUAGUAACGUUACAAGAACGAGGAAUGAAAUUUUUUGGCAAAGGAGGCUUUAAAAUUGACUAUGGAUAUCACCGUUUUAAUAAAAGAAGGGAAUUUGAGAGCAAACAGAGAUCUGGAAUUCAAAUAGAAGUAAUAAACUUACUGACCAGAUAAUAACCUGAAAAGAAAAGAUAAAUUCCCUGAGUAAUUAAUACUCAGUCGAAAUGCUAAAUGGAUGAACUGUUAUGAUUAACAGCUUUAGCAAGAGUAACAAAAUUAACUUUUAAUCUAUUUCUUACAUUCAGGAAGCAAUGAUCAGAAGUUUCAUGUUUGUUUUUGUAACCCUUCAUGGAGCAAGCGUGGCUUUGACCAUAAUUCUACUUUUGGUGUUAAACUAAGGUGAGAUAUGUCAGCCUUAAAAGUAUAACUGUGAAAGGUUUGAACCCAGGAGUCAUUUCAAAAGUAGGUUGUGUUUGAUCGUCCGGGUGAACGUAGUCCUGAAUAGGACUGUUGUUGUUGACAGUGACUAACGUUUCGACAACCUGUGCGGUAGUCAUCUUCAGAGUCAAAGUGAGUUGUAUCACGUCAGUUGAUGGUAUUAUACUCUGGUUAUUGAUUUGAUUGGCCAAUUACGUCACGAUGUUAUUGGUCGUCUGUCAGUUAAGCCGCGAUGUUAUUGGCUAUGAAGACUCGUAAUAAGUAACUGGUGCGUUUCGAUCCGUCUAAUGUCACUGUUAAAUAGUCGUCUAUUGUUAGUCAAAUUGUCAGUUCUCCAGUCGUUCUCUCGUAGUUAGUUUUGCUUGAUCUCGUUAAUAAGUCGUUUGCACGGCGCUGGUAACUGUUGGCUUCGAUUCAGUGGCGUUUGUUCUAAGUUAGUAAACCAGCUUUCUAAAGUAAGUCGUUGAUAGUAGUCUGUAGAAUACGUUAUACACGUCGCAGAGUCCCAGUCAAUUUGAUGUUUCGUCUGUAAAUGGUGCUCAGCAAUGUGAUUGUUGACGUCACCAUUUCUCGUCGCUCGUUUGUGUUCGGUCAGUCGCGUGCUUAGGUGUGUGCUGGUUUCACCGAUGUAAGAAGCCUGGCAGUCGCAGCAUUUGAUUUUGUAUACUGCUCCCUGUCUGUCCUCCGGUUUGUCUUUGUCCUUGACAUUAGUAAGCAGUCGUCGUAAAGUGGUUAUCGGUUUGUGUGCAACACGUAUAUUGCAAGGUUGUAAUAUACGUGCAAUAGUUUCAGAUGUGCCUCUGAUGUACGGUAUGCUCGCUGUCGUAACAGGACCAGAGUUGGUCUGACUGUUGGAAUCACUGUUACUGUGAGUGUUCCGUCUAACAAAGUCCGUGUUGUAAUUGUUCUUUCUAAAAACGUUGUUAAGAUAAUCAGUCUCGUCUUGUAGACCAUCAGGUGAGUCGCAAACUAGUUGCGCUCGUCUCGUCAGCGUCCAGAUACCGCAGUAGCCUUGUGAGAGGUCGGGUUGUAUCAAGACUGGUCUAGUAAUCGGUCGAUAUGUGUCGGUUUUCUAUAAAUAGUCGUUUUUCGUUUGCUGUUGUCUCGAGUGACCAAGCAGUCUAGAAAAGGUAUCUUACCAUUUUCUUCGAUCUUCUUGGUUAACUGUAUGUCCGCGUGUAUGUCUGUCUGUUAAGGUGUUCGUGAAAAUCGUCGAUUCCGUCUUUGUGUACGGCGGUGAAUGUGUCGUCAACGUAACGUUUACCAAAGAGGUACAGUUCGCGUGUAGGUAGCUAGAGCUUGUUCCUCCAUGUUUUGCACGACAAUUUCUGCUACAACAACAGAAACUGGAGAGCCCAUAGCUGUACCGUGUAAUUGUUUGUAGUGUUUACCUUUGUACUGAAAGUACGUCGAAGUGAAACAGAGGUUGAGUAGGUCCUUAAUGUCGUUUGUAGGUAGUGAUAGUUCAACAGUAGAGUUCUUAACAGCCGUUUCUCAGUACAGUCUAGAGCCAGUUGAAGUGGAAUACUGGUGAACAGUGAUUUCACGUCAAAGGACACUAGUUUCUGGUCGUCCGGUAUCUGUAUUGUCUUAACGGCGUCAAUAAAGUUCUCAGUAGACUGUAGCUUGUGUCUAGAUAAGUCAGUCAGCGGUUUCAGUACAUUAGCUAGACAGUUGGUAGGUUGGGGACCCACAGAAAGAAACUAUGGGCCACAAAGGUAUGUUGGGUUUGUGUAGUUUUGGUAGUCCAUACAGCUUGGGUGGCUGCGGAACACUGCACCUCAGUCUGUUGUAGCGUCGAAAGUCGAUCUUGUCGGUUUUCUUCAGUGUAAGCAGUUUGUUGUUAAGUUAGCGUUGCAGUGCGGGUGUCGGGUCUCGUUUAAGUACUUCGUAGGUCUGUUUGUCGUUAACAAGCGAGUCCAUUUUGUUGUUGUAGUCUGCCUUGUCCAUAACAACAGUCACCCGUCCCUUGUCUGCGGGAGGUAUGACUAUGCUCUCGUCUGUUUUCAGUCGUUUAAGUGCUUUCUGCUCGUCACGAAUCAAGUUACUGUUCGGUAAUGAAGCUGAUUGUAAAGUAGAGGUCACUCUACUUUUGAUGUUAUCCUUGGUCGAUUGUGAUAGCUCGUGUUGGCGAGACAGAACGGCCUCAACGCUAGAUACAAUAGCCUCAGUAGGUAUUUGUUUAGGCGUCACUGAGUGUUUAAGUCCGUAAGAAAGUACUUGUGUUUCAGUGUCGUCUAAGGGACGGGAAGAAAUAUUCCUGACCUAGUUUGCGUCGGGUUUACGUCGUUUAGCGUUCUUUGUGUCUUGCAGUCGUGUCAGUUUUUGUUUCACUUUCGCGCGGUGCAGUUCAGCUGUCUUGUCAGUGCGUUUGUCCGCAAUUCUCCUUAGCAUUCGCAAGUUUCUCUGCUUUGACAGCGUCAAAGCCACUUAGGCUUGUAGAAAAUGGACAUCUUCUUUGUCCACUUCAAAGCGUAUUUAAUAGAUAGAAUUGUUUAACCAUUACAAGCUCAAGACCUUCUAUCAAAAUCAGUUAUUUCUUUUAUUUUUUUCCUGUUUCUUGCAGACACUACCCAAUUUCAGAGGAUCUGGAGAAAAUGUCAUUUGAAUAAUAAACUUAUUGAAUGAGGAUGAGUUUGAUAUUCAGAAUAAUCUAUACCAAGGAUGGUCGGUGGACAACACUAUGCAGGAUAUGCGUGCUUUAUAUCAUACAAGAGCCGAAUUUAGAAAUGGAUUAAUUAUUCAUUGAAUAUAUAUUUCCAAGAUCAUAACAUCCUUACUUUUAUGUAGAAUUCCCGUCUUCGAAUAUUUUGCUUAUUCCUUGGCUCUUUUAGGGUAUGAAAUUAUUUUUUCUGGCAGAAGUGGUAUUUUGGGCACCGUAUAUCUGGAUACUUCGUCUUGCGUAACGAGUGCCUGUACCUUGUAGUAUUUUACUAGUCGGGCAUUUACGUCGAUCGUGAAACAGUAGCAGACAUCUUCCAAAUUAGGUCGACGCUAGCUGGAUGUGAAGAACUGGCUGGGGGGUAUAAACCAGAAAGAAACGGAGAAAUAUUUUAACGAAUAAUCAUUGGAUUUAUACAACUUCUGUCAGAAAAAAAUUGUUGUGUUAUUACUGCUUUAGGAUCAAAUGCAAUCUAUCAGAGUAGAAAUCACCUUAUUACGACACUGUCUUUAGCUAUCUAGAGAAAAUAAUAAAAAAGGGAUUCAUUUUUAUCCCAUUAGAUUGUUGACAUUUAGCAACUGUUGUAUGAAUGUAAAAGGCACGUAAAUAG